AUUUAACACAAAGUCUCCAAUUAUUUUCAUAUUUUAUGAUGCAGGCCAUCAAGGAAUCUCUGGAUGAUCUGGCUCCAUCCAUCGAGUCUGUGAAGGAGAGAGAGCAUGUGGUGGUUUCUCAGGUCGGAGCUACACAACGUAAAGAGAUACAGGACGUGAUGGAUCGUCUCAGAGAGAACUGGCAAAGACUCAACAGAGAAUAUGAAGAAAGACAUGGUCAAUUUCAGCGGUGCUUUGAUCAAUGGCGACAGUUCCAUUGUGAUAUGAGAGACUUAGCAUCCUGGUUAUCAGAAGCAGAGAGGAUGAUUCAGGAUAGUAAGAGAGCAGAUGGGAGACUUCAUAUUGAGAAGGCAUGCAAACACCAACCAGUGCUAGAAGAGGGUAUUGCCACACACCAGGCUAUGGUAGCAUCUCUCAACUCCAACGGAGAGGACAUUGUGGCUCAGUCUUCCUCUGUGGAUGGGGGUAUGCUACAGGAGAAAUUAGAGGGACUCAACGCUCGCUGGAAAAGCGUCUGCGCUGAAGUUGCAUCUUGGAAAGAUAGGUUUGAGUUCAGUCCAGAGAAAGUGGAGGCCUUCAUGGAGGAGUGUUCUCAUCUGCAGCAAUGGCUGUCAGAGUGCCAGGCCUUGAUAAGACCCCAAGCCCAACCUGUACCAGCUGAUGCUACAGCAUUUAAAGAACUCAUCCUUAAGAUCAAGGAGCGUGAAGAAGACUUACAGCAGAAAGCAGAUGAGAAACAGAGGAUAGAGGAGAGCGUACAAAUCCUACUCUCGGGAGGUUCCAUUAGCCAGGAGAGGGGGAUCAGCAUCAAGAAAGAGACGGAGACUCUCUUUAAAUUAUGGGAGAAGGUUUCUGGGACAAUACCCAAAUUCCGAGCACAGCUUGAGGAGAAGCUAGAGAAGACAGAGGCCUUCCUUGAGGAGCUCCAGCAGAUGAGAGCGUGGGUUCAAGCCACGAUGGAUGUCCUUGAGACCCAGGGACCUGUAGGAUCAGCCACGUCUAACGAUGAACAAGACUCUGUCGUGGUGGAUCCAAAGACGAUGAACGAGGCCCUCAAGGCCCGGCAGGAGAACAUGGACAGCAUCAACCGUCUGAACACCCAGCUAACCGCUGAGGCUCAGGCCGCUAGCCGGCAGCUCGCUGAUCCUCUUAGGGAAGAUGUAGAGAGACUGAAUACAGACUGGGAGAGGAUACGGUACCUGGCCGCUCAUCUCAGACCCAGGUCAGACGUGGAGCUGGAGAGAAAAGUAAUCAUACAGCAGAGAAUAGUUAUCAGCGAGCCGGUGGACGCUGUCACUGCCGAGGUUCAGAAACUACCGGUUCCUCCACCAGCGAUCAAUGCUAACCGUCGUGACUCCUCACCAUGGCCUGACGUUGACAAGGUCGUGGCGGAGCUUCGUGAUUGGCUCAUGCUCCUGGAGAGGAUGCUGAGGUUGCAGGUCGUGACUGUUGGAGACCUGGAAGAAAUUGAGAACAUGAUCAUGAAACAAAAGGAUAUUUGGUCUACUGUCUUGCCUACAUUCUAUUCGCUGGAUUCUAAUGAUCGGCAGCUCAUUGGAGGGCUGGUCGUAGAUAUAGUGAGCAUGCUAAUUGAACUCGAGUCUCACAUCCAGGACCUAGACAUGAAGCAUCCACAGCUCAAGGAACUCGUGGAAAGAGCCAAGUCAAUACAGGAAGAGACCGCCAAUGAGGGCGACAAAAGGCUCCUACAUGAGAAAAUGGCAAGACUGCUGGAAUUGUGGGAAGGAGCAGAGAAGAGAGCGACACACCGAGCUGGUCAGCUGGAGACGAUGAUGACAGACUCUCAGCGCUUCCAUCAGUUAACCCAAGAGUUGCUCACAUGGCUAAGCAAGAUGGAAGGGACACUCGAUCGCUAUCCUCCAGUCGCCCAGGAUAUGCUUAUGCUUCAAGCUCAGUUAAUGGCACAAAAGGGUUUCCUUGAAGAAGUCGAGCAGUGGAAGCCUUGCCUUGAUGCUGUCAAUGAGACUGGUGAUAGGCUAGGGCUGGAAUACAAGGAUGAUGACACAACUAAGAUCAAACAUGUGCUAGAUGGUGUCAACCAGAGAUGGGCCAAUAUAUGUGACAGAUCUAACGUGAGGCUGGGAAAGAUAGAGGAGACGGUACAAUCCAUGCAAGACAUUGACAGUCAGCUCUCGGAGUUCACAGCUUGGCUGGAUAGUGUAGAGGGCCCUCUAUCAUCCUUAUACAGCCAGACGGAGGAUAAGGCUGAUAGAGAGGACAGGGAUAGAGUCAGAGUUUGGCUGCAGCAACAACAGGUACGUAAGCAGUUGCAGGUGGAUGGAUACUAGCUCUGUAUUUGUAUUCUUUGAAUGGUGGUGGUGGUUAUUUUACCUGACUGCUAAGAAAGCAUAAAUGCUUGUAAGUAAGAAACCAGACGGCCGAUGGCUUGAGGUCUUCUCCGAGGGACCUGGUUAUGAGGAUUAAUGCCUUAUCAAAGGGCACUGGCGCAUCGCCUUUGUUUCAAACUCGGGUCACCGGAUUACAAGACCACUGCUCUACCGAAUGAGCUACAUCACGCCUCCCUUUGUUGAUUAUUGAGCAAUAUUGUUGCUCGGUACGUGGUGGAUGUGCAGUAGUAAUAUGCACUCAUUAUUAAUACUUUGAACAAAAUACAUUCUGUACAUGGCAUUGAGCUAUUGUACGGUUGAUACACUUAGAUGCUGGCCAAAUCGAUUUGAAAAAGUCAUGCCCCAAAUUCAUAUUUUUUGCUGAAAAGUUUUAUUCUACACAUUACAGAACACACUUAUAUUAAUUUCAACUUGUGAGACUGAGACUUAGAAAAUUUGUGCGAAAUGUCUUCCGGACUAGAGUGUGGACAAAACUUUGCUGUGCGCCCCUCAAAUGCAGCUCCCGGCCAGUUGACAGCCAGUUGACAAACCAUAAUGCA